AUGCUGUACCGCGAGUGCUGUCGGCCUCUGCCACGCUACGCCUCAACCGGGGCGUACGGCGCGUGGAUGGCGUCGUGCCGCAUGUACACCUCAUCACUCUCGUCGGGCAAAAAUAGAGGCGUCUCCGACGGAAAACUGUUCUCACGUACGCAGUCCAGCAUCCACAUGUACGCGAACAAGGAGAAUGCGUGGAAGGACUACACCGAUGAUCGUUUUUAUGGUGCAAAGAGACUCAAGGAUUAUUGGCGUCGGAUGCUGAGCGAUCGCGGGGUGCGGUAUUAUUUAUUUGGCACAAUUAUCAUCCUGGCUGUGGCGGGCUCAAAGCUAUGGCGUUUGCAAGAGCAACAGAAGAGUACAUUUGGGCUUAUUGGUCCCAAGAAAAAGGCUUACCGCAGUCGUUUGACGAUUGUACUGGAUUUGGACGAGACAAUCUUAUCGUAUGGCGACAAGGCCUUUCGAAUGAAGGCGGGUAUGGUGGUUAGACCGUACUUGGCGGAGUUGCUGGAUUAUCUCUCUUCCAUUGAUGCGGAGGUGGUGCUUUGGUCGGCCUGUAGCGAGCGGUACAUGCGUCAGGUACUCAAUGUGAUUGAUCCCAGUGGGGUCCGUGUGUCGCAGUACAUUGUGCGUCACCGUGACUGGUUCACGCAGGACAACUACUACGAAAAGAAUAUUCUCUGGCUCAAGCGCCCCUUGGAGGACACCCUUAUUGUGGAAAAUCGCCCGUUGAGCGUUCGUAGCUGCAACGCUAACGCCAUUCUCGUAGAUGACUUUAUUCGCGGGGAGUAUAUGGACAAUGGUCAGGAUUAUCCACCCAAAGACCACGCCAUGCGCACACUCAAGGAGAUCAUUCAGGAUUUAGAGGAGUCGGGCCGUUCUGUUCAGGAGUACCUCGCCGACGCAAAACACCGCAACAAGGACAUCAAGGAGAUUCCAUGUCAUUUGGCAUUCAGACAGUUGCCAGACGAGCUGGCGCGCGGGGUCUUUUAUUUUAUAGGAGGGAAGUACAGACCGGGUGCGGAUAUGAGAGGAAGAGGAUAA